GCAACGCUAGCGCCGAGGUAGCAGGCUCGCAUUCAGGAUGAUCUCUGCAAUGCCAGCGGUGGCCGUGCGCCGCGAGCGGCGGCGCAGCAAGAGCGGCCGGGGCCUGGGCUCUCGCCAGGGUAGCGUCGCCUCGCUGCCACACCGGCCCGACAGCCUGUCGACCUUAAGCUCGAUGCCCAACGGGCCGGCGGCGCGCCGGUGGCGGCAGAGAGGGGGCACCAUCCAGGAGCAGCGAGCACGCGUGCUCAUCUACCUGGCCACCUUGCUCCUGGUGGCCGGACUCAUCCUGCUCUUCAUCGGCGUCGGGGGACGAAUGACGCACACGCGCACCGUCGGACUCCUCUUCAUCGCAGUCGGCGCACUGCUGUGCCUCGUCAAGGUAUUCAUCACUCCGGAACAUCACCACACCAUCGUGCGCCGGGCGAGACUGAUGUCGUCCCGCGAGUCCCUCUACGUGGCGCCAGCAGUCAAGAGCGUGCCCGAGGAGACCAUGGAGCAGGUGCGCCGGGAGGCUCAGGAGUCCGCGGCCGGCGCAACGGCUGCAGCCGAGACGAGAACCAGCCCGAUGAUGGACGCGCACAGGGCGCUGCCGCAUCCGAACAACAGCAACAGCGGAAGCAGUCCGGCACACAGCUUGCACGCGGCCGAGACGCAAGGACUCAUAUCCGAACGGAGUGCGCCGGUGGCUGACGGCCGCUUCUGAGCGCCGCCCGCGCGUUACGCCGGUUCACCGCGCUGCGGGCAGUGUGGACCAAUUGCCGUGAGCUCCAACCGAGACACGGGCGCACACGUCACCGCUGGGCCUAGAUGCGUUACCGGCCAGUUCACCGGCGACGACGUCUUCUGGGGAACCGUGACCUCUGAUGGCGGUUAACUCGCUAACGACGACGUUUUCUGGUUGGCGGUGAUCUUCAAGGCCAACGAUGUCAUGGAUGACGACAUCCUGUGGAGGACCGUGACCUUUCAUAGCGGUUGAUUCGCCAACGACGAUGUGUUCUGGUGGAUGGUGACCAUCAACAGCAACGAUGUCCCCCACGACGGUGUCUUGUGGUGAACCGUGCCCACACAGAUGUCCUUGACCUACUGGCAGGUAGGGGUCAUUGUGAAACAGAAAGUCUUCGCCUGAAAGGAUGCGUCAGCAGAUGGUGACGACCUGCGAGCGUGGAUAAGGCAGUGCUCCGUAUUCGUUGUGAACCGUGUCGUCAAGUCCGGGAGCAGCGUGGCGGGCGCAUGCCUGGCUGGUUUCUUGAGCUUUAUCCGUGCGCGUUACCUCCAUGUGGACGUGGAUCAAAGAUCAAAGUGCGCGUGAGGAAUGCUUACUACGAGUGACACAAGGCUCUGAUGGCGAUGCGGUGCUCAUCGCUAAACCACGUACCAACGGGUGGUCAUCUGGUGGAUAUCGGAGAGUGCACGUGGUACCUUGGAUCGGCCACAAGGUUCUGUCAUGUUUCUUCAGCUUGACCCGUGGGCUUGUUGGUGAAAUACAAGAUCAAAGUGAGCCCUCGUGACGUAACGCCUAGGUGGUGAUGUGUUUCUCCUUUUUACACCACCUACCAACAGUCAUCUGGCUAACAUCAGAGAACAGUGGGGUGUCCUGGAUCGGCCACUUGGUUAUCCCGUGGUUCGAAAGUAACUGCGACUGUGUAUGAGAUGCAGCAGUAAAGAAUGAAGCUGGUGUGCAGUUUCCCAUCAUGCGACAGUUAGGAUGCGAUGUGCGCGUGUGCCGGGAAAUUAAUGUGGCCAGCAGAGCUUCUUUUAUACGAUGGCUUGACAGGGGUUCGGCGCACCGAAACAGCUGGACCCCUUCCGGCAUAUUCAUUGACGCAAAACGACGGUGUUGUUGGGAGCUAUGUACAUAUGUAAAAUGCAAUGCGAAGCGCCUUGGCGCGAAUACACGACGAUUUGGCUGAGAGAAAACGGAAGUAAUGCGGAACUAGCAAGGAUUUAGCGGUCAAUGAGUAACGGGGGUGAAUGUCUCUCAGCAGAGGUAUGAU